CUCAUGCACUGCUGUUUGCAAUAUCAAUUUCGAAUUGAGUUCAAACAGUUGCGACUUAUAGAAAUUUCAAUUUAAAUAUAGUUUUUGGUGGUUAGCCAAUGAAUGAUUGUUUGUUUAGUUUUCUUACUCUCAAAGAACAAUUUACUUAAUACUUAUCAUUGUAAAUUUUAUCUGAAUUAUGGCGUCAACAAAGGUAAUGUGCAAUAAUAGCAAUCAGUGUGAAAAUAUCACUUCGGUAUUUGUGAAUCUGGCUCACAACAACUUUACGAAUAUGACUGGGGAAAAUGGUCCAGAUUUGGUAUCCAGCUUGUUGGUUGAAUUUAUCAAAGGAAUUGGGAGGUUGUUUUAUAUUGUCAAACCUUCGGAAAGUAGCUAUGAAAAUGAUAAGGAUGUUCCCAAUUAUUUUUAUAAUUCUUGGCCAUAUUUCCUCCUAUUCAUGAUCAUCGAAAACAUCCUCUUGUGGAUCGAAAGAAAACCAACAGCCAGACUAAACGAUAGCAUCACUAGCCUCGCCCACGGACUUUUCCAACAAUGCGGAAAGCUCCUUUUCAGAAGCUCAGAAAGCUAUCUGUACUUUUACAUCUACAAUCGUUUUCGUCUCUUGGAUCUUCCUUGGGAUUCACCGAUAACUUGGUAUCUUGCGGCAAUCGGCGUAGAUUUUUGCUACUACUGGGUGCAUAGAGCAUGUCAUGAAGUUCAUAUUUUGUGGGCACAGCAUCAAGUCCAUCAUAGUUCUGAAGACUACAAUCUAGCUGUGGGACUUCGCCAAUCAGUUUUACAAGGAUGGUGUGGAUUUGCCUUCUAUUUACCCUUAGCACUGAUAAUACCCCCAUCUCAGUUUGUUACUCAUCAAUACUUCAAUUUGCUCUAUCAGUUUUGGAUCCACACUGAAACUGUAAAAACUUUGGGUCCAUUGGAGUGGAUUUUUAAUACACCCAAUCAUCAUAGAGUACACCAUGGCAGUAAUAUUUAUUGCUUGGACACGAACUAUGGUGGAGUUUUGAUUAUUUGGGAUAGGAUUUUUGGUACUUUUGCUGCGGAACGUGAAGACGAGGAAAUCGUUUAUGGAUUGGUUUAUAAUCAACCUUCGUUCAAUCCUCUACAUCUACAGAUAUUCUACACAAGAUACGUAAUGGAAAAGUUUCAAACAAUGAACAGUUGGAAACACAAAUUAGCUGCAAUCUUCUACGGUCCAAGUUGGCAACCCGGCAAACCAAGAUUAGGUCUUGAAGAGGACAAAGUGAAAGUAACCAAAAGAGAAAAAUUCAACGUCAAAAUACCCUUAUGGUGCAACAUCUAUCUUUUAAUCCAUUUUGCUGUUAUGGUUUAUGGAUUCCAUCAAUUAGCUUCAAUACAUUUGUCAUUGAGUCCUAUGACAGUCCUCACGUUUGUGAUCUACAUUAUCGCCUCACUAACCAACAUAGGUUUGCUCUUUGAGAAUCACAAGUUUGCUCCAAUCUAUGAAGUUCUCAGAUGCAUGAUUCUGGUCACUGCAGUCCAAAGAAUGAAAUUUCCAGAUAUUGAUGGUUCUACUUUAAUUGUUGCCGAAGUUUUCUUUUUGAUUUCUGGUGUCUUUUGGUUUUUGAAGAGUAUCAGGAUUUUGGAUAUCACUAGUACGACUAAGAAGGAGUGAUUAUUUUUGUAAUUUAGAAUAUACCUACGGGUCUAGUUUAGAGAAACUUCUUAUAUUAAAAAGUUUUAUUAGGGAAUUUUGUACUUAAUUAGUUAUUAGAAAAAAUGUGAUAUGAUAAUAAUUGUGAUGUUUUUUUAUAAGUUACUUAAGUCAUUAAUUAUUAAUACAAUUAAGUAUGUAUAAGAGUUACAAAUUCGUUU